CGUGCAACCGGUCCUCAAUCUACGAGCACGCUCAGUAGUACCUCCCGUGUGACUCUCAUGGAGCGUCAAGCACUGGAGAAAGGUGACGUGUCGAUGCUCGCCACCCUCCGUAUUGGUGAACUCGACAAACUGGUGGCUGCGAUGAGGCAGAAGCAGGCGAUUACACAGGCAGCAAUGGCUCAUUACGAGAGCGAGAUUGGGCAUAUCGACCGCGAGGUGGCCAACAUCAUGGCUCGAUACACACCCAUGUGCAAGCGUCUGGAAGCUCGUCGUCAAGAGCGGAACGAGUUGCAACAACAUUUGGAUAUUGCAACGAAACAAUUCGGAGACGUACUGGCGGCCACGAAAACUCGUCUACGUGCCAGCUCUCAUGAACAUGUGCAACACAUUCGUCAAGUAGCGUCAGCAGAACUUACGAGCACUCGCGGCUACUCUCUAGGACGCAACAGCACAGUAUACCAGAAGCCUCGUAAAUAGAAGAGAGAUUCGUUAGAAUAUGGUAAUAUUACUGCACUCCACUUUC